AUGGCCUCAAAGACCACCAUCGACGCCUCGGCCCUCUCCAAGCCCAAACCCAGCACCUCCGCGCCCAUCUCCCCUCUGCCCACCGACAUCGCGCGCCUCUAUACCUACGCACACCCCGCUAUCAUCCUCUCCCUCUACGCAUUCCAAUUCAAGUCGAUCGUCGCGGACCCCGUCCCCGCGCUGCUGAAUAUCCUCGCGCCGCUUGCAGUCCUGCAAGUCGCGUAUGUAGCCAUCUGCCUGCCGCCGACGGGCGAGACGCCGAAGGUUAAGAAGGUCAAGCCGGGGGAGAAGAAAGCGGCAAAGGAGGUGGGCGGGGCGAGGGGGAGUGUUGUUCCAGCAUUCCUCUCUCUCCUCCUCACCGCACUCGCCGCAACCCCCCUCCUCACCGCCACCCUCAUCCUCUUCGGCGCACCGGUGACAACGCAUCAUUUCCAUACGCUCCUGUGUGGCGCGCACGUCGCGCUGCUCAGCACACUCCCACUGGUCUACGUGCACGGCGUGAAUGGCGAGACGUGGCGGCAAAUCGUCGCGCUGUUGGUGCCGAUGGACGAAGUAUACGGUGGUUUGAUUGGUACGGUUUUGGGUGCGUGGUUGGGCGCGGUGCCGAUUCCCUUGGAUUGGUGA